AUGAUAAAUGAGAAAAGCACCUUUUUAUGUUUCCAUCAUACUGUAAUUAACACAGCACAAUCUUUCCUUUCUCCUUUCCUACAUUUAAAUUUACAAGAAGGAAAUUAUGUAAAAAGAUAGAAGGAAGGGGUCUUGGCAAUUCUUUUUCUAUUUAAAAAAAAAACUUUUUAUGGGAAGAGGUUGACCUUUUGGUUAAUUUGAGUACCAUAUCCUGCGAAAUGAGGAAGGAAGCUGGAUGGUAUAAAUUAGGAGCCAAUCAAGGUGAUGGGCAUUCAGAUCUGGCUUUUUGCCUCUUGCAAAUUGAGCUGAACCACAAAGGAAAUCUGUGAAGGCAUGAACUCUCUCAGAGCCUUUACUCUUCUGUCCCUGGUGCUCAACCUCGAGAAUGCACAGGGCCAUCUCUCCGAAAGCAGCUGUAAGCGUUUUGCAGACAUCCUGCCUCACAAGCUCCGAGAGUUGCGGGUCACGUUUCAUGAGAUUAGAGAUUAUUUUGUGAGUAUGACGAUCCUUUCUUCCUCUAGCAGCUUCUAUUGGAUCCAGAGUUUAGGAAGAGUGGAGGAAAAAGGCUUUGCUUCUUUUUGUAUAGCAAUUGAAAACACUUAACAUAGCUUACUGUGCUAUUUGUUUUUCCAUGUUUUGAUUUUUUUUAAAAAAAUGUUUUCAGUUGACAUGUUUUAAGCAGCUUAAAAAAAUAUUGUUGUAUUGUUUUAUUAUUUUUCUGGACACUUUUGGGAAGAAAGGUGAGAUAGACAUUUAAUAAAAUAAAUACUUGCUGAUAAGUACAAGAGAUGCAUUGCUUGGGACACAAACCACCAAGAAGUUCUCCUGUGCAAGCCCCAACAAAAUGAAUGGGAUUCAGUGAAUUUUUUGAUAGAUUGUGCCUUUCAUUUCAAAUGCUGUCUAAUGAAAUUAUGUGAACAGUUGUGAUUGAAACUGACAAGAAAAACUUUUAAGGUUAACUCAUUUUCUGAUUUUGGGAAGGGGAGAAAGCUUGUUAGGAACCAAAAUGUUUCUGAGGGGAUCUGAGUAACAUUUAUGUUAUUCUAGGUUACCAUGAAUGUCCAGAUAUUUGGAGAAAGUUGAUAUGCAUGUGUGAAGGACAACAAUAACAGAUGAAAUGUAUGAAUAGCUGAAACUCUAUAUCCAUUGCCCCAUUUUUUUAGACAUGCAUGAGAGAAGGCUGGUGAUUACAUUUAAGUGUAUAUUGCUUUUACUGGUGUAUUUCUGAGCUUUUAGAUAGCCAUACAUUUGAAAUCUGAGUUUAAUCAUUCACAAAAGUUUAGGCAUAUACAAAGGUUAGGCAUAUACUAUAAUGUAUAUAUAUCCUGUGCAAUUAAAAGCUUGCUGUAACAAUAUUUGUCAUAGCUAUUAUCUACGAGUGGAUGCAGUAGAGAGGGAAGACCCUCAGAUAAGAAGUUGCAUCAAAUCUGAAUGCUCACAUGUAAAAGAAACUGGGCGAUACUAGAUGCUCUAAACUCUUUGCUGAUAAGUGGGGUCACACUUAUCUGAGUCUUCUUCAUUGCAUACUCUUACAGCAAGCCAGAGAUGAUGAGCUAGAGAUCAUGUUGUUAAAAGAGGAUCUACUGGAAGAUUUCAAGGUGAGAUUUCAAUUGUCUUCACGCUAUUUGGAAAUGAGUCCGUGCUGAUCUAUGGGGUCAUGGAAAGAUGUUCCUUGGCAGAAAUAAACUAUGAGACCAAUAUUUUAGACAUCAUGUCAGGCAAGAGGGUCUUUCUUAUAUCGUAAACCAUCCUGUGAUCUUCGGAUGAAGGGUUGUAUAGAAAUAACAACAACAAUUCACAAUAAUGUGAAUCUGCCAGUGUAUGUGUGUUGAGAGCUAGAAGAUGCUGUUUUGAAAUGCAUGUUAUUAUAUGCAUUUGUAUUCUAAGUCUGUACUGUUAAAAUCCUUGAUUGCACCUCAUCUCCCUUAACUCCCACUUUUCAUUUCCACAUACAGUACUUACUUGUGAGGAACUUGUAGGGGAAAUUGCAACAGUGCCAACCCUAUAACAGUCUGCAUUACUGUAUAAUAUUUAGGUUGUUAGAAGCCUGACUAAGAAAAGCUGUAUUCAGUGUACCUUUGCCUGAAAAAAACAGUUCUGAACAAAAUAUCCCAAGAAGUCAUUCCUUUUCAAAAGUGUUGAGGUUGCAUGGGGCUUUGUUCAGUGAAUGCAUAGUGUGAUCUAAUGAAUAGACAAUAGAAGCAAGAAAUAUCUACUAGGUAGAGUCCAGCACAACUCAGGGGAGUUAUUCUCUCACUUAUAGCAGCACUUCUUCUUUUGAUCUUAAAGAGCAGGGGAGUUCAGGUCUCUUGUCAACUGGGAGUAAUCAAGCAAUCAGGAGCUAAGUGAGGCUUUCUCUGUGUUGUUUUAUUUUUAGGGAUAAUAGGAGUUUUAAUGAUGUUAUAGUUAAUUUACAUGUAUAAAAAAAAAUUUAUUGCCAUGCACUGUGAUGGAGCAAUGGAAAGACGUUAUAGAAAAUUUACUGAAAUAAAUAAAUUGGCAGCCUAUGGAGUCUCAAUUUUUAUUUGUAUUAUUAUUUUAUUAUUUUUUGCAUCAGUUUCCAAGUAUGUCAUGUGCGUGUUUGGGGGGCGUUUAUCUUGGCUUAUCAAGUAGCACAAGGAAACUCUGAAGUAAGAAAACAUUGUUUACAGCGACAGAAUUGUCAUAUGUGUACAUCGUAAUCCAUGGAACAAAAGUCAUAAUGAGCCAUCUUAUUUCUGAAAUGCCUUAUUCAUGUGCUCUUACCAUUAUUAUUGUCUCCUCUUCCUUUAGGGGUACUUGGGCUGUCAGUCAGUGGCAGAAAUGAUACAGUUUUAUCUGGAAGUUGUUUUGCCCAAUGUAACCACUGGCAGCGCCAUUCAGCGAACUGUAGACUUUCUUGGAGAGAGGCUGCUGGAUCUGAGACAGACAAUCAAGCGCUGUGUAAGUCGGCCCGUUUCCUUUCCUAGGCCACCUGCCAUGCUCCCAAUCAAACUGCAGUUUCCUGCCUCUGUGGAACUGUUCAAGAGGAGUGAAAUAUGGCAUCCAAUGGUGCUUAGACCCUAGAAACAAACAGCAUGUUCAUUAUGCAAAAUUAGUGCUCUACAAAAUGGGACUACAUUCUAAAGUGCAAUAUAUUAGUUUGAAAGAUAAGAGAAUAGUUUCCACUUCUAUUUGUAAAAAGUGUUGUGGGGACAGAAAAUAUAAGCCAGAACAUGGGUCUCCAGUUGUUUUUUGGAUUACAGUUCCCAUAAUCCCUGAGCACUGGUCCUGCUAGCUAGGGAAGGCGGGAGACUCAAGUUUGGGAACCCCUGUAUUAGAGAUUUCAAAAAUGUAGGCAUUGCCAAGGUGCCUUCACCAUUUCUUCAGGUGUCAGAGUCAGUGUUAUGUAUAUUCUGGGCUACAAAAAAGAUAAAAAUGUCUCCUCCCAGGUAAUCACGUAAGCAUACAAUGUGCAUAACUUUGCUUAUUUUGCCAAAUUAAUUUUGUUACUGCUAUUUAAGCAAAUGCAAAAAGUCAUUCACGGCACAGCAGAUACUAGAAAUCCAGCACAGCCUGUCCUCUAGAUUUAAAGUUUCACUAUGCAUGACUUACACCAUUUCAAACAGAUCUUCACAACCUUCAGGUCUAGAAGCUAAAUUAAAUUCAAGAUUCUUUCUGUACUCAAUUCUGCACCCAGUAACAAUUUCUGCACACAACUGUAGGAUGCACGUGGUCUUUGACAUAGCUGUAUUCAUUAAGCACAGUGUUGUAGUUUCUUCAGGAAUGAGGUUACCUUCUCUAUAAUGGUGACCUCAUAAACAGAUUAAUAAAGCACAGAGAGAGAGGAUUAUUAUGUAUGGGACUGCACAAACUGACCAUUUUAUCAUACAGCCUAUGGAUAAAUAUAUAAGUUAAGUGCUGAUGUCUUCUUUCAUAAACCUUACGUAAAAUUCUUACCUAAUAGCUGCUGCUUCUACAAAGGCACAACUACAGAUGACAGAGCUAUUCAGUGCCACAUCCUAACAUUACUUUGCUGUGGUGUCCUCACUGUGUCAUCUGGUCACAGUAUGACUCAGAAAACAAGCACACAAGGCCACAAGGAAACCCUCUGUGCUUAGCAGAGUUGCAAGAGGAAACUCUCCUCUCAAAGCUCUUUUCUAGGACUAAGGGGUAUUCAUGAACUUACUCACCAGAGUUGGGCUGGACCUUUGCCAAGUAUAGAGCUGGAGGGAAAGGCAUUUGCACUGAAACAAAGCAGAAGUUACCCUCUUCCGUCUCUGAUUUUGCGUUCCGUGGUGCUUGGCUUUGGAUUGUGGUGCACAUCCCCACCAGGCCAAAGAUGUAUCCAGCUUGUUCCGUGUUGCCUGGAUGAGCAUCACCAGUGGAACACAUCUGUAUCCCUUGCAUAAACAGCAGCUGAUUGCAUGGGUGGCUCUUCUUUGCACUAAUGGCUCUUCCUUGCUGAAUCAGGCCAAUGCGCAGUAGAGCUCUUAGGAUUUUCAAGGAUAACCAGAAGAAAGCCACUGAAUUCACCAUUCUUCUGCUUCCUCUUUUCAGCAUAGGUUCUUCAUCUGUGAAAAGGAGAGUAAAACAAUAAGAAACAUCAAAGAAACCUAUGAAAAGGUAGGUUCCUAUAUUACAUGGCUAAACACCCUUGUUUAGAGGCUUUGCACAGUACAUCAAAGAGCCAAAACAAUUAGUGUGUGAGAGUCAUGCAUCCUCUUGCUACUCUUCUGGAUUAAUACAUACACUGUAGAUUGGAUCCUUCCAAAUAACUCUGUGGCUUGCCAGUUUAAAAACAUUUAAAACCUGAGAAGACUAGCACUGUCAAGUGGAAGUUAAGGAGAGGGAGCAAGCUGACUUCAUGGUGCAGGGAAUGCAACUUUGUAUUUGCACCCGGGCUUUUAGGUGUUCUUCUGGGCAUGCAAUGUACACCCUUGGGCAGGUUGCCACUGGCUACAGUAAACACACACAUAAACCAGUUGUAGGUGGUACUUAAUGUUUUAUUUUCCAACUCAAUCAGCGAAGCUGAAAAUGCUAUAUUCUACUGUCUGGAGUGAGCAUUCAGUUUCAAACAACUUUCUUUCAUUUUCUGUAUCAUCCAAGUAAUGUCCAAGUGAUGCCUAUGCUGUGUACUGUUACAAAUGAGGACUUGCUUCCUAUUACGUUAAGAAUGCUGUUAAAAAGUGUCCUGAAGUCCAAGUUGUAGUUUCAAAGCAGCUUCCUUCUGUGACCUACCGGUAUAUCCUGCACUGAUCCAGUAAUGUCUGUAAAGAGGAAUUGUGUAGGUUGCUUGAUUGAGAUAGAUUCUUCUUACACUAGCAAUUUGUGUUCAUUGUCCCAAAUGAUGCACUCAGAAACCUUUAAAUAACAGUGAUUUUUCAUCUAUUAAUCCAUUUGUCCAAGUGGCAUGUUUACUUAGCCUUUUGUUUCACUGGAGACCCUCUUUUAAAAAUGAUUAUUCUCCUUUGUUCCCUUCUUCAAGCCAGAAUGGAAUAAAGACAGGGAAAUGAAGGCUAGGCUUCACACAGUGGUGCAGAGCUGUGUUGUCGCAGGGAGGGGCUGUCAGUCUUGCUCUGUCAGCCCAUCGCCUUCCCAGUCCUGUUCCCCAUGCUUGCCUCUCCUUCUUGGAAAGUAUCACUUCAAUCCUGGUCAACAGCGUUCAAAAUUCUGUCACAUGCCAAAUCUCCAGAGUAGAAUAAAGAUGAUGGAAAAAUGCAUGCAUAUUUAUCUUGCAAUAACUAUUAUUCCUUCAGUUUGUAAUUAAUAAUCCCUCCACUUCCUUUCCAGCUGCAAGGCAAAGGCAUUUAUAAAGCAAUGGGAGAGUUUGACAUUUUCAUUAACUACAUUGAAGAAUACCUGGCAAUGAAGAUGAAAAAAUGAAACAGUUUUUUCCACUCAGGACAACUAACUUCUGUAACUGGAAUAUAUUUUGCAAAGGUGUUACAAGAAAUCAGUAUUACACAAUACUAUAUAUUUUUAACUUAAACUUAUUUAUUAACACAGAUACCUCAGCUUUUGUCAGUGUUAUACAUUUUUAUAAAGGAAAUGCUAUAACGUAAUUUAUUGACCUGUUUUUGCUUCUCCUUCUGCUUUUCACAUAGCGUGUUUUUGUCCUUUUAGUUUUCUCUUAGCUUAGGAAUGCUCCAAAUUGUAGCAUUCAAGGAAAUGCUUUUUAGGAAGUGAGAAAUUGUGAGAAGUAGAUUCUAAAUCUUUAUUAUGUUUGAGUCAGCAUUUUGGAUUUAAAUGUGAGCACCAUGAUCCAAAGACUUCAAACAGGUUGUUAAUUUCAGCAAGGGGACUGUCUGCUGCACAAUAUUAAGUACAUCUGAGCAUGUCAGUUUCCAUUUCAGGUCAGAUGUUAACAACUGAUAGUUUGAAAGUACAGCCACCAGGCUGCUAGCUGAAACCCGUCAUUGGGAACACAACCCACCAGGGCUUAAAGACCCUCACCAGCUCUUGGUCCACAUCCAAGCACAAUUCAAAGUGUUGGUGCUUACCUUUAAAGCAAGGGUAGCUAACCUGUAGCUUUCCAGAUGUUUUAGACUACAACUCCUACAGCAUGCACAGCAGUCCGAGACAAUGGGAUUGGGAAGCAUUUGGAAGGGGACAGGUUGGUUUUUUCAUCACUGAUAUAUUUUUAUUUCAGCUGAAUUGCUUUUAAUGCUGCCUUUGUUUUGUUUUUAAUAAUUCAUUGUUUUUAUUGUACUUUUCACAGUAUUUUGAUGGCAAUGCCCUUCUGAAUGUGAUUUUUUUUUUUAAAAAAAAUGAAGGAUAGGGUGGGGAAGUUUGUAAAUAAAUAAAUAGGUCAAACAAGGACAAUCAUGCACUGAAAUAUUUUAAAAUUUUAUAUCAUUGUUGUUUGCUCGUGCAAAAAUAAUACCUGUCUCUGCGAGCACUAGUACAUGACUUCUGGUACAUUUUAUUGCCUGUGCUAGCAAUGCAUCAAAUCACAAUAUGCUCGUGCACUUCUGUGGAUCUGGUUACAGUUGCCUUGACAAAUGUGAGACUGUUACUGCCAUUGAUUUUGCAUUUGUUUUUUUUAAACAGGAACUGAAUGUUUUUCUUCUGCAUCAGAAUGAUUUUUAACCUCAAAGCAGAUGAUUAAGCAUGUUUGCUUUUUGUUAUGUAAGCUUAUAAGGAAAUGUGAAAGCUCUUGUUUACGUCCAACACACUCUGAUUUCAUUAGGCACCCCAUGAUG